AUGGCUGAUACGACAUCAAAAAUUGGUGCAAUGAAUAUUGCUUCGUCGAGUCGUACAAGUGGUGCACCUGCUAUAUCAUCGGCUGAAAAACCUGGAAAAUUCACUGGCAUGGAUUUCAAGAUGUGGCAGCAAAAGAUGCUAUUUUGUUUAACUACUUUGUACAAAGAUUCAUCAAAGAAUGUGUUCCUGAAAAAGAAGUACAAGACGGAGGAUGCCGGAUUGAAGAAAUUCAUUGGGGCAAAGUUUCUGGACUUCAAGAUGGUAGAUAGCAAAUCUGUUGUUACUCAAGUUCAGGAAUUGCAAAUGAUUAUCAAUGAUAUCCUUGCGGAAGGUCUGGACUUCAAAAAAUACUUAAAGCAUAAGAUAAAGAAGAUGUACCUUGAAGAUCUCAUUGUAAGAUUGAGAACUGAAGCAAACAAUAAGGCCGCGGAGGAGUGGUCUCAUGGAAAUUCAACAAUAUUAGAAGCCAAUAUUGUUGAAGAUAAGAAAGGCAAACUCUGCACAUCAAAGGUUGCAUAUUAUAAGGCUCCCAAGGAAACAAAGAACAAAUAUCAAGCAAAUGUUGUUGAAUUUGAAGAUGAUGAUCUAUGUGCUAUGCUUUUUAAAUGCAAUAUUGGUGGCAAUCUAAGAGAGUGGUGGAUAGAUUUUGGUGUCACCCGCCAUGUAUGCACCAACAAAGAACUUUUUGCAUCAUAUGAGCCUACUCAAGGUGAUGACAUGAUUUACAUGGAAAACUUGGCAACUGCAAAGGUUGAAGAAACGAGCAAUGUUCUCUUGAAGAUGACAUUUGGCAAGGUGGUGACUCUCAAGAAUGUGCUACAUGUUCCAGAAUUAAGAAAGAACUUGGCUUCUACUCCACUUCUUACUAAAAAUUGA